UCAAUAGACGAAUAGCAGGGAGGCCGGAGGCGCUCUCGAGGUUCGUGGGUGUUCUCAGCCCGGAGCUGGAGAGCCUUUGAGUCUGUGUAUCAUUGACAUUUUUUUCCCUAACCGUAGUGAAACGGUCGACACGCGAGUGAAACGAAAAAUGUUCCGUAAAGGAGUACGAGUUACGUACGCGUCGGCCUGAACGUGCCGUGUUUCUCGAACUCGAAAGAUGCUGCCGUGCAAAGCGACGACAGAGGAGGCGCCUUCGCGAAACUGUCAGGAAGAUCGUCGUCGUCGUACGUGAGUCAGUGCGCUCGGUGGAUUGAAAGAAGGCACGUCCGUACAAAAUGGCUUCGGGCGACAAUGUGGACGUGAUCGAGGUGGUCGAGACGAGCUUCACUGGCCCGGUACAAGCCACAGAGGAUCAUCUCAGACCGGAACAGUACACGGACGAGGACAAUAAAUCUACAGGGGAUAAGGUGACAGCACUUGACAAUUCGCUAAACCAACAUGGCACGAUGGGGCCCAAAACCCCUGUUGGGGUGUCGAGAAACAAAUCGGAGCGAGAGAGAAAGAUCGGACACAGAAGAGUUGGAGUGGGAGGUGAAAUCACGUACAAAAAGAUCCAAACGACGCAAAUCAUGGGAUCCAUCCAGCUAGGCAUACAACAUGCAGUCGGUGGUUUAGCAAGUAAACCAGAGCGUGAUUUACUGAUGCAAGAUUUCAUGACGGUAGAAACGACGAACUUCCCGAGCGAGGGAUCCAAUCAUACUCCUGCUCAUCACUUCUCCGAGUUUAAGUUCAAAAACUACGCACCCAUUGCAUUUCGUUACUUUCGGGAUCUCUUUGGAAUCCAACCGGAUGACUUUCUAAUGUCGAUGUGUAGCGCUCCGUUACGCGAAUUAUCGAACCCUGGCGCUAGUGGAAGUAUCUUUUAUCUAACAGAUGAUGACGAGUUCAUCAUAAAGACUGUGCAACACAAAGAAGGAGAAUUUUUACAAACGCUUCUUCCAGGAUAUUAUAUGAAUCUAAAUCAAAACCCGAGGACGUUAUUGCCAAAAUUCUUUGGGUUGUAUUGCUAUCGGUGUAAUAGUAAAAAUGUUAGAUUAGUUGCUAUGAAUAACCUUCUGCCAUCGUCGGUGAAACUGCAUCAGAAGUACGACUUGAAAGGAUCGACGUACAAAAGAAAGGCAUCGAAAUCAGAAAGAUCCAAAUCUUCUCCAACGUAUAAAGAUUUAGAUUUCAUGGAGCAUCAUUCAGAAGGAAUCUUCUUAGAAGCGGAUACGUAUAGUGCCCUAGUUAAAACUAUUCAAAGAGAUUGUCGAGUGUUGGAAAGUUUCAAGAUCAUGGAUUACUCUUUACUCGUUGGUAUUCACAACCUUGACCAGGCUGCAAGAGAAAAAGCGCAGGAGCAGAGAUUAUCAGCGAGUGCAGAGGAAGAAGUUGGCGAAGUCGGAGGUGAGAGUGUAGCAUUUACUCAAGCAGAACGAGAACGGGAACGAGAGGAUAGAAUAGGAGCCAGCGCCCUGAACCGAUCACGAAGCAUAAACCGACAAAGGUUGGUUGCGCACAGUACUGCUAUGGAGAGUAUUCAGGCUGAAAGCGAGCCGAUAGAUGAAGAGGACGAUGUACCCAGUCGAGGUGGAAUUCCUGCUCGCAACGCCCGCGGCGAGCGCCUACUACUCUUCCUUGGUAUUAUUGAUAUUUUGCAAAGUUACAGGCUCAAGAAAAAGCUCGAACAUACUUGGAAGUCGAUGAUACACGAUGGUGACACUGUGUCGGUACAUCGGCCCGGUUUUUACGCGCAACGUUUUCAAGAUUUCAUGGCGAAGACAGUAUUCAAGAAGAUACCGUCACUGGACCUGCCUGAGAUUAAGGGGAAUCAUCGCAAAUUCCGUAACCUCGUCACCAGCUACAUAG